CAACUUUCCUAGAAAUUUAAAAUGAUUUCAAAAUAAAAAGGAAAAAGUAAAAAAAUAAAAAUAGAAAGUAAAAAAAAAAGAAUAUGCCUCCCGAGUCCACUCAGCAGCCAGAGGCUCUGACAUCCCCUUCCCCGUUCUCUUAUGGUGGCCUGUGAGGUCCUUUGUACACUGGCCUCUGCCUACCUCACCAGCCUCCUCUGUCACCCCAGUCCCCUUGCAGCCCUGUUGCUCCCAACCUGUCCUGUUCAUCAUUGGCCUAACUCCUCAGCCAUUGGGUUGCCAGGCCCGGAACUUCCUGACGCCUCCUGCUCUGUCCUCACAGCCCUUGUCCUGCCCCAAACACAGCCGGGGUUGUUACCCGGUUACUUGCCCCCACCCCCACCCCCCAGGCUGUGAAUUUAAUGUUACUCCGUGUCCCCAGUGCUUAGCCCAGUGGAUGGAGAUGGGUAUUUUGUGGAGUCUCGGGCCAGGGAUGGUUACUGGGCCCUUGUCUGAGAUAGGCUGGGGCCCGGGACUGUUGCCCCUGCUGAGAAACCCCUUGUAUUCUCUCUGCAUAGAGGAGCAGGAGCGGCUGCGCUUGGAGCGGGAGCGGGAGCAGGAGCAGAAGAAGGCCAGCAGCCUAGCCAGGCUGGCCCAUUCCCUGCCCGUGGAGGAGCCCCGCGUUGAGGCCCCACCCCUGCCUCUGUCUCCCCCGGCACCCCCGCCGGCACCCCCACCCCCACUUGCCACCCCUCCCACCCCACUGACUGUCAUCCCCAUUCCUGUCGUGACCAACUCCCCACAGCCGCUGCCCCCACCCCCACCGCUGCCCCCCACGGCCCAGCCUCUGCCCCUGGCGCCUCGCCAGCCAGCACUGGUCAGCACCCCUGGACUCAGCAUUAAGGAGACUGCCCCCCUGACUACCAGGCCACAGGUGCCCACCCCUGCUUCCUUGCUGCCAGACCCGAAGACCGCUGUCCCACCCACUGGCAGCCCCAAACCCUUGCAGCCCCUCCCCACGCCCAUCCUGACCAUAGCUCCCCAUCUUGGAGUCCAGCCCCAGCUGGCCCCCCAGCAGGCACCCCCACCCACACUUGGGACCUUGAAGUUGGCACCAGCUGAAGAAGUCAAAUCCAGCGAACAGAAGAAGAGGCCUGGGGGGAUCGGAACCAGAGAAGUCCACAACAAAUUGGAGAAGAACAGGAGGGCCCAUCUGAAGGAAUGUUUUGAGACCCUGAAGCGCAACAUCCCCAACGUGGACGACAAAAAGACGUCGAAUCUGAGCGUGUUGCGGACGGCGCUGCGGUACAUUCAGUCCCUGAAGAGGAAAGAGAAGGAAUAUGAACAUGAGAUGGAGCGAUUGGCACGGGAGAAGAUUGCCACACAGCAGCGGCUGGCAGAGCUCAAGCAUGAGCUGAGCCAGUGGAUGGACAUGCUGGAGAUUGACCGCGUGCUCCGGCAGACGGGCCAGCCUGAGGACGACCAGGCCUCCACCUCCACUGCCUCUGAGGGUGAGGACAACAUAGACGAGGAUAUGGAGGAGGACCGGGCGAGCCUGGGCCCACCUAAGCUGAGCCAUCGGCCCCAACCAGAGCUGCUGAAGUCCACCCUGCCACCCCCCAGCACUGCCCCUGCGCCCCCACCACCCCACCCACACCCUCACUCCCACCCGGUGGCCCUGUCUCCUGCCCACCUGCCCGUGCAGCAGCAGCCGCCACAGCAGAAGACGCCUCUGCCCACCCCCCCUCCCCCUCCAGCUGCCCCUACCCAGACGCUGGUGCCGGCUCCGGCCCACCUGGUGGCCACGGCUGGGGGCGCCUCCACAGUCAUUGCCCACACGGCUACCACCCAUGCCUCAGUCAUCCAGACCGUGAACCACGUCCUGCAGGGGCCAGGCGGCAAGCACAUCGCCCACAUCGCCCCCUCGGCCCCCAGCCCUGCUGUGCAGCUGGCCCCUGCCACCCCCCCCAUCGGCCACAUCACGGUGCACCCUGCCACCCUCAACCAUGUGGCCCACCUGGGCUCCCAGCUGCCCCUGUACCCGCAGCCCGUAGCGGUGAGCCAGCCCGUGGCAGUGAGCCACAUCGCCCACACCCUCUCGCACCAGCAAGUGAAUGGCACGACCGGCCUGGGGCCCCCAGCCACCGUCAUGGCAAAGCCAGCCGUGGGAGCCCAGGUGGUGCACCAUCCCCAGCUGGUGGGCCAGACAGUGCUCAACCCCGUGACCAUGGUCACCAUGCCCUCCUUCCCGGUCAGCACGCUCAAGCUGGCCUGAGGACGAGGCCCCCAGUGGGGGCAGGGAGGGGGCCUGUCCCCCACUCACCCACCCACCAGCUCCACACAUUCCAGCCAGGCCCAGGCCCACCCCACCCACACACCCCCAGGCCUCCUAGGGGAAGGGGGUGCAGACUCUGAGCCAG